GCCGGGAAGAGGGGGCGAGGCGGCCGGGAGCCCCGGGUCUCGGUCCCAGGUCCGGGGGCCUGGCGCGCGCCCAGCGCGGAGACACCCUCGCAGACACUCGUAGGCGCGCACGCGCGCCCUCUCCCCUCCCCCUCGCCGCUCCUCCGCCGCCUCCCGGCCGGACAGACGAUGGAUCCCUGCAGAUCCCGGCGCUGAGAGCACCGCGCACCGCGCACCGCGCCGAGCCCGGCGGACGGAGCCAAGGCGGGCGAGCGAGCGAGUGCGCGCGGGCGGGCGGACCGGGCUGGGCCGGGCCGAGCGGGCCGCUCCCUGCAGGGCUCUGCGCGGUGCCGCGGCGGCCGGCUCCCGCCCCGGGCCAUGCGCCCCUCCGCGGCUCGGCGCUGAGCCCGCGUCCGGCCCCGAACCCCAGGAUCGCCGGGUUCCCGAAGCCCCUCAAGGAUCCCCUGGGCCAGGAUGGAACUGAAGGCUGAGGAGGAAGAGGUGGGUGGAGUCCAGCCGGUGAGCAUCCAGGCCUUUGCCAGCAGCUCCACGCUGCACGGCCUGGCCCAUAUCUUCUCCUAUGAGCGGCUGUCGCUGAAGCGGGCACUCUGGGCCCUGUGCUUCCUGGGCUCGCUGGCUGUGCUGCUGUGUGUGUGCACGGAGCGUGUGCAGUACUACUUCAACUACCACCAUGUCACCAAGCUUGACGAGGUGGCUGCCUCCCAGCUCACCUUCCCUGCCAUCACGCUGUGCAACCUCAACGAGUUCCGUUUUAGCCAAGUCUCCAAGAAUGACCUGUACCACGCUGGGGAGCUCCUGGCCCUGCUCAACAACAGGUAUGAGAUACCGGACACGCAGAUGGCCGAUGAGAAGCAGCUGGAGAUACUGCAGGACAAGGCCAACUUCCGCAGCUUCAAGCCCAAGCCCUUCAACAUGCGCGAGUUCUAUGACCGAGCGGGGCACGACAUCCGAGACAUGCUGCUCUCCUGCCAGUUCCGGGGGGAGGUGUGCAGCGCGGAAGACUUCAAGGUGGUCUUCACCCGGUACGGAAAGUGCUACACGUUCAACUCCGGCCGAGACGGGCGUCCGCCGCUGAAGACCAUGAAGGGUGGGACGGGCAACGGACUGGAGAUCAUGCUGGACAUCCAGCAGGACGAGUACCUGCCUGUGUGGGGGGAGACGGACGAGACGUCCUUCGAAGCUGGCAUCAAAGUGCAGAUCCACAGUCAGGACGAGCCUCCCUUCAUCGACCAGCUGGGCUUCGGUGUGGCCCCGGGGUUCCAGACCUUUGUGGCCUGCCAGGAGCAGAGGCUCAUCUACCUGCCCCCACCCUGGGGCACCUGCAAAGCUGUUACCAUGGACUCGGAUUUCUUCGACUCCUACAGCAUCACCGCCUGCCGCAUCGACUGUGAGACCCGCUACCUGGUGGAGAACUGUAACUGCCGCAUGGUGCACAUGCCAGGGGACGCCCCGUACUGCACUCCGGAGCAGUACAAGGAGUGUGCGGAUCCCGCUCUGGACUUCCUGGUGGAGAAGGACCAGGAGUACUGUGUGUGUGAAAUGCCCUGCAAUCUGACCCGCUAUGCCAAGGAGCUGUCCAUGGUCAAGAUCCCCAGCAAAGCAUCCGCCAAGUACCUGGCCAAGAAGUUCAACAAGUCUGAGCAGUACAUAGGGGAGAACAUCCUGGUGCUGGACAUUUUCUUUGAAGUUCUCAACUAUGAGACCAUUGAACAGAAGAAGGCCUAUGAGAUUGCAGGGCUCCUGGGUGACAUUGGGGGCCAGAUGGGGCUGUUCAUUGGUGCCAGCAUCCUCACGGUGCUGGAGCUCUUUGACUACGCCUAUGAGGUCAUUAAGCACAGGUUGUGCAGACGAGGGAAAUGCCAGAAGGAGGCCAAAAGGAGCAGCGCAGACAAGGGAGUGGCCCUCAGCCUGGAUGACGUCAAAAGACACAACCCCUGUGAGAGCCUGCGGGGCCAUCCUGCCGGGAUGACGUAUGCUGCCAACAUCCUACCUCACCACCCAGCGCGAGGCACUUUUGAGGACUUUACCUGCUGAGCCCUGCAGGCCACCGUACCAAAGGCCUAGAUGAGGAGGGCUAGAAGAGCAAGGGGGCCCUCAAGUGCUCCCCCACAUCUGCCCUGGGGACACCCUCCCCCUCCCAAGGCAGCCCCCCACUCCUGGGCAGCCCUUUCCUCUUGUCUGUGGUGAGGAAGGAGUCUUGACCAUAGAGUACUCUCCCUGUCUCUACCCUAUCCUUUUUAUUUUUAACAAAACUAAUCUAAAAAAGAAACUAAAAAAAGAGAGAACUGGGCAAGUGACCUCAGGCUGCCCCUCUCUGCUCCACGCUGCCUCCCCAGCUCCCAGCCUGAACUCUGUCUGUCUGGCUGUCUGUCAUCUGAGUGUCCACACUUACAUUCUGCUGCCACCAGUCACAAAGCCCCCUCUUGGGGGGGGGGGGGGGGAGUGGAGGGGAUCAUUCAGAUCUGGAAUUUGGCCCUAAACCAGAGAAUGUACCUUGAAGGGAGGGAUCGUGGUGGUGAAGGUGGGGCUUCCCAGCCUUAAGAGACCCUCUCAGCCCAGUGACCACCUCCCAGCCCCAAGUCUCCAAGUAGGAACUAAGCCCCGGCCUCCGCCCCCACACAUACACCGUGUGAGUCACUAGGGAGGUGGGGUAAGGAUCCCCUGAAGAAGUGGAGAUGGGGGGCAAGAUGUGGCCCUGGUGCUGUAGGCCACAUCCUGAUACCUACAAGGCCACCCCCACCCCAGAGCUGCUGGACAGAAACCCCAGGAGGCAGCCUCCUCUCCGUCCCACAAAAGAUCCAGCUGGUUGGCUUCCGGCUCAGGGAGAGGGGCACUGGUCCCGCUCCCGGGGGGCCCCCCACAGAAGGCCACGUCCAUAAAUUUUCUUAUGGAAUUCUCCCAAGUCCUCUUUCCCAACUUCAUUUGCUUCUCUCGACAACCUCAUCCGCAUUUUCUAUUUCUAUAUGAUACAGACUCUAUAUUGCUAUAUCUCUGUAUAUACUCUCCCCUAACUCUGUCUGUCUCUGCCCCCCAUCCCCUCUUGUCUCCAAGAACCCCCCCCCCCCCCCCCCCCAAGUGCCCCUUCCCAUGUCUCUGCCCCCUUCCUGGUCUCUGAAUGCCUUCACCUGUAUAAAGAGUUGGACUCUCCCCUGGUGUCUGUACUGUGUACACACAUCCCUCUGAGAAGCACAAGGAGACGACACGCGCAUUGUAACCUUCGCACUGUCUCGGCAGCGACAUAAAGGAAGCUGUGAAUCACAAGCUCUGCCUCUUUCUGGCCUCCUCCUCUCCCCCUCACCGGGGCACUCUCUGUCCUCCCUGGAGCCUUAACGUUCCCUCCCCCGCUCCUCCCACCCCAGAGUCCUCUGCAAGGCUGCCCGCGGCCUCUCCCACGGAAGGAACGGAUACAGAGACAGCCCCACCCAAGGGAGGGAGACCUGCUGCGCACACCAAGCCCAGGGCUUCAAAGAGAGAGAGAGCUGUGGGCCAGUGACUGCUUUGAUGGAGCAGUGGGGUGCUGACAGGCAGAGCUGAGGUCUUCCCUCAGUGGCCUUUCCCUCCUUCUAGGGCCCAGUCCCCUUUCCUCGUCCGAUACCCAAACCCAUCACUUGUAUUUCCUGGUGAGGUAUGGUUUGGUAGUGGGAGGAAAGAGAGGGGAAGUUGAGCGCUGUUCCUACCUUAAAGAGAAAGUGAGUGAGAUAGAGGGCCUGCUGGGCCCCUUCCACUAGGCGGUCCUCCCAGGUCAGGGCCCUGCCCCUUCCCAGGCCUUCUCUGCCCAGCAAUCUCUUGGUCUCCAACCCCAGAACAGGACCUGUGGCCGGUCCCCUGUGCAUUGACCUAGAGCUGGAGGGUGAGGCUUUAGGAUCUUUGGGAAGUUUAGUUCCUAGUAAUUCCUUAGAGAGCAGAUCUCUCCAGAGGGAAGCAGGAGCAAGGCCUGGGGUGUGUGCACGGGAUGGAGAACAGCAGGCAAGGCUAUGGGUGACGCAUGCCUCUGGUCUAAUAAACUGGGUUUCAACCA